GACAAUGAUGCCUCGCGUCCCAUGUUAGUGACGUCACCGGAGAACAACUCAUCUCCCAGUGUAUGUAUCCGGCAGCGGGCGGGGUUCGGAGGAAGAGCGCUGGGCAUUAAAGGAAUACUUGGACCCGCUGGGGGGGGAAAGGCUUUAAAGAGUCUGGCUGGUGGCCCUUGAAUUUUGAGCUGGUGGAAGACAAGUACCUUAACAGUGGCUGUCCAGUUGAGGAUUUAAAGGGCACCUUUGAAGAGCUGCGGGUUGACAACGCUUACACUCCAGAUGAGGGAAACCAUCAAGUUUCAGGCCAGAAACACCCCCACUCCCUGUGUGGGCAACCAUACUGGGGUUCAAGCAUUGAGGCUGUUAUCAUGUCUGACAAAAGUGAACUGAAGGCAGAAUUGGAGCGCAAGAAGCAGCGAUUGGCUCAGAUAAGGGAGGAGAAAAAGAGAAAGGAAGAAGAGAAGAAAAAGAAAGAAACAGAUCAGAAAAAGGAUGCUGUACCCACACAAGAAGAGUCAGACUUGGAGAAAAAAAGAAGAGAAGCUGAUGCAUUGCUGCAGAGCAUGGGGAUUACCUCAGAGCCCCCUAUGGCGGUCCAACCCCUGCGAAUAGUAACAGAGGAUACGUGUCUGUUUCACUAUUUAGUCCCUCCUCCAACAUCUCCCUCCUCUAAAUCCGUGAGCACCCCAAGUGAGGCUGGAAGCCAGGACUCAGGAGACGGUGCAGGUGGGGCAAGUGCCAGGACUGCAGUUACCACAAAGACUCUGCACUGGGAUACUGACCCGUCUGUUCUACAGCUUCACUCUGAUUCCGAUAUGGGACGUGGUCCCAUGAAACUUGGCAUGUCCAAGGUCACUCAAGUGGAUUUCGCUCCUCGAGAAACGGUCAGCUACACGAAGGAAACUCAGACCCCAAUCCUGGCCCAGAAUAAUGAGGGUGAUGAAGAUGAAGAGGAAACUGUUGCACCCAAAGCAGUAACUGUUCAAGAAGAAGACAAACCUGAGAAGAAAGAGGAAAACACUGAAGCUCCACCUCAUGAGCUCACAGAAGAGGAGAAGCAACAGAUCCUUCAUUCGGAGGAGUUUGUAAGUUUUUUCGACCACAGCACAAGAAUUUUGGAGCGGGCCCUUUCAGAACAGAUCAACAUUUUCUUUGAUUACAGCGGCCGGGACCUGGAGGAGAAAGAGGGAGAAAUACAAGCAGGUGCAAAGUUGUCCUUUAACAGACAGUUCUUUGAUGAGCGUUGGUCAAAGCAUCGUGUUGUCAGCUGCUUGGACUGGUCCUCUCAGUACCCGGAAUUGCUUGUUGCUUCUUAUAACAACAACGAGGAUGCCCCUCAUGAACCUGAUGGCGUGGCUCUCGUGUGGAACAUGAAAUAUAAGAAAACUACCCCGGAGUAUGUGUUUCACUGCCAGUCUGCGGUAAUGUCUGCUGCAUUUGCAAGAUUUCAUCCCAACCUCGUCGUAGGGGGAACCUACUCUGGGCAAAUUGUUCUGUGGGACAAUCGAAGCAACAAGCGGACCCCUGUUCAGAGGACUCCCCUUUCAGCUGCAGCUCACACACAUCCUGUGUAUUGUGUGAAUGUGGUUGGCACCCAGAAUGCCCACAAUUUGAUUAGCAUCUCUACAGAUGGCAAGAUCUGUUCUUGGAGCCUGGACAUGCUUUCUCAGCCACAGGACAGCAUGGAGUUGGUUCACAAGCAGUCCAAGGCAGUCGCUGUCACCUGUAUGUCCUUCCCAGUGGGAGAUGUCAACAACUUUGUGGUGGGAAGCGAGGAAGGUUCAGUGUACACAGCAUGCCGCCACGGCAGCAAAGCUGGUAUCAGUGAAAUGUUUGAAGGCCACCAAGGACCAAUCACAGGAAUACAUUGCCAUUCUGCUGUUGGAGCUGUCGACUUUUCUCAUUUGUUUAUAACGUCUUCUUUUGAUUGGACAGUGAAACUUUGGACAACUAAGAAUAAUAAGCCUCUCUAUUCAUUUGAAGACAACUCUGAUUAUGUCUAUGAUGUUAUGUGGUCUCCUACUCAUCCUGCCCUUUUUGCUUGUGUCGAUGGAGUGGGGAGACUUGACCUGUGGAAUCUAAAUAAUGACACAGAGGUGCCCACAGCCAGCAUUACGGUCGAUGGAAACCCGGCCCUAAAUCGUGUGCGAUGGACUCACUCUGGGAGAGAGAUUGCGGUUGGAAAUUCAGAAGGAGAAAUCUUUAUCUAUGAUGUGGGAGAGCAAACUGCAGUACCUCGAAGUGACGAGUGGACCCGUUUUGCCAGAACCCUUGCUGAGAUCAAUGCCAACAGGGCCGACGCUGAGGAGGAAGCCGCAAACCGUAUACCUGGUUGAAGUCAUGGACGCAACACCAAAAAUACCAGCCUUUCCCUAAUAUUAUCCUGCAGGGCGCUAGCAUGUAACUAAUCUAAAGAUAAUUUAAGAAGAAAUGUGGAUUUGAUCUGUGGACUCCAACACUUUAUAAACCUCAUUGUAAACAAAUGCAGUGUCUUUUUUUUUUCUCUCUUAUUUAUGUACGUACUUAAGUCUGUGGCCUAUGGCUCCUGUGUACAAGUACAAUGUGGCCUGGCACCCAAUCCUUCCUCUAUGUAAAUCUCUGCUUUGGGAGGAACUAUUGUGUCCUCCCACUUUUUACAAACCGGUUAACUUACUAAUACAAAUCUUAUUUUUUGUAAUGAAAUCACAUCUCCUCAGGGUAGAACGGUCGCAUUAGAUCCCAUUGCAAAUAAGAUUGCGGAUUUUUCUGUCUUCUUUGCGAUCUAUACCUGCAUGCAACUGCCAUUUUCUGUAGUCACAUUAAACCACUUAUUGGCUUUUUUUGUUAAGCGACAGCAUUGCUAGACUGACAUUUUAUUAAAAGUAAACUUUUUAACUGAA